AUGGCGCCGAUGAAGCGCGGAAAACGGCUCAAGUGCAAAACGGCGAACAUUUGCACGGAUUGGUGUCUUGAGCAACGAGAGGUAUCGGUUUGCAAAGUAAUCUGGAAGACGACAAUAGUCGUAGAAUUUCUGCGGAAAGAUGUAAUACCAAUAACUACAAAACGUUGCCGAUUUUUUGCAGACCGACUCGAUUCCCAAGUGUUUUCAACAUCGGUGUUGGUGCACAAAAGCCGGCUCGCAGUUGAGAGACAAUAUCGAAAAGGACGAUGACGUGGUGCCUGAAAGUCCGAAUCUGUGCGCGCCUCAAAAAGCCCGACAAACUUUUAUCGAUUUGUUCGUUUUCGUCCUUCCCCACGAAUCGAAUUCCGUUGUUGCGAGCACGGAUUUCAUUUGAUAAAUACUAUGAUGCAUCUUCUUCUCAAAAUCACUUGUUGCCUACCCCAUUAUGUACUUAUUCUCAACUAUUCACGACAGCAGCUACCAAUUGGGCGCUGCUCUCAUGACAGCAGCUACCAAAUGGGCGCUGCUCUCACGACUGCAGCUACCAAAUGGGCGCUGUUCUCACGACAGCAGCUACCAAUUGGGCGCUGCUCUCACGACAGCAGCUACCAAAUGGGCGGCGCUGCUCUCACGACAGCAGCUACCAAAUGGGCGGCGCUGCUCUCACGACAGCAGCUACCAAAUGGGCGGCGCUGCUCUCACGACAGCAGCUACCAAAUGGGCGGCGCUGCUCUCACGACUGCAGCUACCAAAUGGGCGGCGCUGCUCUCACGACUAAGGUGGGGCGAAAACGUGGAUACCUUCUACUCGGGUACCUUGUUCAUGAUCCUGUCAUCACACCUUUUUGAGGAGUCUGCUGUCCCCGUCCACCACUGUACACCUGCUGUUCCCCUUUGGGAUAUUUUAUUCUUCUUUGCAAUCGAUGAAGGAAUGUAUUGCGAAUUCUCUUCGAAUAACGCGAUUUUAUUCAAUUUGCAAUCGGGGUUUUUCUAGGUUUACGCAUUCCAUUAAUCAGUCUCGCUUCAAAACGUUCCCCACGACCUCAGGACCGCCCAAAAAUGUGUCCGAAACUGCUGCUCGCGCGGCGGCGUAACCAAUCCAAUUUCCGUUCUUCACUCGUGAGUGACACGCCGUCUAAAUCAAAUAGAAUGGGAAAAAUAACGUCUUUUCUCAUUUUCCGUCUCUCCGUCGCGGAAAUCUCCGGCGGCGUGUCCUUUUUGUGAGCAGCGCGCCGUCUCCUUCAGUUUUAAUAAAACGGAGUGUCUUUCUCUCUCUCUCUCUCUCUCUCUCUCUCUCUCUCUCUCUCUCUUUCUCUCAUGCCUUUUCUGUCUGCCCGAGCGGAAAAAAAAGAAAAGGGGGUUUCAAGCCUCAUGACGCUCUUUUGGCGUACGGCUCACCGAGCACAGAGAAAGUGGCCAUUCUUUGUUAAUUUUCUAGUCUGAAAAGGAAGUUUUCGACACUUUUUUUGUGCAUUUGUUUUUGACAAGACAUUUGUUGGGCUCUCGGUCGGCUCCAAAAUGGUCCCUAAUGGAUCAGACACCCGUUGGAGCACAAAAUGCGAAAGCUUGAAGAUUGAUGAGCGCACAAGAUACACUUCUUUUCGCUAUUCUUGGGAACACAACAAUAUCAGCUGACAUUCAUUGAAGCAUGACUUGUUUUGCAUAUUUUUGGCGCUUUACUUGACCUUUGACUCUUUUUUCGAAAUAAACUCGUUAAUUUUCAGUCAUGGUCAUGCUGCAAGUGACUGAGAGUGUCGAUUCGGGAGUCUCUGACAUUGACUCGUUACACGGACGAUCUGCGAGCGAACACAAUUUGGCAAUGUAAGUCCACAAUUUUUGAAUUCUCCAGGUUGAGACAAAAGUUUUGACAUACAUCAAGCCUAGGUUUCGAGCAAGAAAUUUUAGAGCUCCGCGAGCUCGGAGCUGUGGGUGGGCUCGCGGGGCACAAAUCUCAAUGUCUGCAAAGUAGGGCAUGAUGGGUGUCAAAACUUUCCCCAUUACAUUGGGACUUUAAAAAUAUUGCUCAAGCUGACGGUCCCUAUCGGAUCAGUGGUCCCCGAAAGUUGAUCAUCAGAAGUGUAUCAAAAUGGGUAUCAAAAUGUUUCCCUUGACUGCUUUUCUACUCUCAGAGCUCUAAAAUUGGAUUCACACACUAUCUUUUCAGUUUCGACGUCGACGAAGAAAUGGACCCCCAGAGUUCGAUGAAUCCAUUUCUAGAACCGGAUAAUAUUCGUGAUCCCCUUGAUCCGACGGUCCCUUCCGGAUCUUCGAUGAAUUUGGAUUCUGACUUUCCGCCACUCAACAAUCACUUCACACCGCCGCCGAAUCCACCCGAAUGGGGACCAAAACCAGGUAGGAGAAGUUAGGCCACCACUUGAGAAAGUUAGGCCACCACUUGAGAAAGUUAGGCCACCACUUGAGAAAGUUAGGCCACCACUUGAGAAAGUUAGGCCACCACUUGAGAAAGUUAGGCCACCACUUGAGAAAGUUAGGCCACCACUUGAGAAAGUUAGGCCACCACCAGUUUCGUAGUCGGUUGUCGGUAAAUGUGGCACCGAACAAAAAAGUGGUAACUACCCGCCGAACGGGACGGACCACCAAUUGCCGGGAAGUUUAUUUAAAGGAAGGGUCAUUAGAAGGCCUUGAACUUCAAAAAACAAUUAUUUUUUUUUGCAGACUGGAUCGUGGGUCCGUUCCGCGGGCGAACGCACCACGAAAGCUACGAGGCGGUCUCGAAAUUUCUGCUCACCGACGUGGAAAUGCAAAAGAACGGCUACCCGUACCACACGCCCGCAAACGGCCGCCAAUUGGUGAACAUCGACGAGAACAAGUUCAAAAAACACUCGGAAUUGUUCGUCGAAUCGGGUUCCGCGGUGCGCUACUGCAUCCGCUGCCGUCAGAGAUUCGUGCCGCCACCGCCGCACCUGAUCCACGGGGACCACCAGUGCUUCUGGCACCACAAAUCCGUGUGGGACAAUGAGGCCGGCGACUCGUACUUCCCGUGCUGCUAUCGCUACGAAACAGAGAUGCCGUCGCCGUGUUUGGCCUCGAAAUUUCAUGUUUUCAACGGAAUCGAUCGAAUGGACCUGCUGGAUUUUCAAUCGACACCACGGUCCCGAGGAUCGGAUGAUCCACGACGGAACAAGGUUUUCUUGGCAAUUUGUAUCCACUUUUCGUUAAUCUGUUCUAAUAUUGUCGAUUCGAAACGUUGUAUCUCCGCUGCUGAUGGAGUUGUCAAAAAGUUGUCAACUAAUAAAAUGUACACAAUUUUACCGUGAACAUUUUAUCAGUUGACAACUUUUUGAUAUCUUUACUCACAAAUGAGAUACAAGGCCUUGAAUGAGCGGUAUUCAAGUGCGAACUUUAAAUCUCCCAUUCUACUUGAAAAACCGAAUUUGCAGGUCUUCGCACUGGACUGUGAAAUGGUGCACACCUCUCGCGGUCCCGCAUUGGCUCGCAUCUCACUGUUGGACGUGUACGGCACGGAAAUUAUCGAUUCGUUGGUGAAACCCGACGGACAGCUCUACGAUGCGAACACAGAGUACUCGGGAUUGUCCGAGGAACAGGUCGAGCAGGCGACAGAGACUUUGCAUACUGUAAGAGUAUUAUCAUCUCAAAAUUUUCGGACCAAUUGGAUCGCCCGGCUUCUAGGCAUACUGUAUCUGGAGCGGAUUUUUGAAAGUGCUUUAUUUAUAGCAAAAUAUCUCGAUUGUCUGAAAAGCUAUCAAAAAGAUGUCAACUGACAAAAUGUACAGAAUUUCCUACUGAACAUUUCAUCAGUUGACCACUUUUCGAUAUCUCCACACACAAAUGAGCAACUUCUUCAGAUCCGCGAAAAACUGUUCGAGCACGUGUGCGACGACUCGAUUCUCAUCGGCCAUUCUCUCGAGAACGACCUGAAAGCGUUGCGCGUCGUCCACCAAAAAAUCGUGGACACGUCGAUCAUGUACAUGGACGCAUCGCGAUAUAAACGCUCGCUCCGACACCUGGCCAGUGUGCAUUUGCGGAUGGAAAUCCAGGAGGGCGGGCACGAUUCGGUCGAGGACGCGCGUGCCUGCCUCUUUUUGGUCGCCAAGAAACUGCACGCGGAGGACGUCGAAAAACGGCGAAUCGAGAAGGAGAGGCGGCAGAAAACGCGGGAGGAGGAGCGGCGGAAACAGAGGCAGCAAUCGUGGGGAUACAGCAAGUAUUGGUAACGACUACAGUAGUCCGGGACGGUUUGCAACUGUCGGUUUCAAUCUAUCGUUCAUUUUUACCUCAAAUCUCAUUUCUUGUGAUGUUCUUCCAAGCGCUUCUAUUUUAUUGUCAAUUUGCUCUUCCCCAACUACAGUAACCCUGGUAAUUACCAGAGUUGCCACAAAACUCCGGCCCGGCCCGGUUCAAAAAGCGGGAAUCCAAAUGUUGAACUAUUGAUUAAAUAAAAUGUUUGUUUUUCGUAGAACUAACGAAUUUUGCAAGUAUCUCGAGCAUAAAAAAGAAAUGUAGUUGUCAAAAAUAGUUUUUAAUCAAAACUUUUUAUUGGCAUCAAAGCAAAAAAAUGCAGUAUAAAGCAAAAAAAAACGGCGAACAAAUAAAUGUUUUACACGCCGCAAUCGGAAAGUUGGAAAAAAAUGGCUAAAGAGCGCGCGCGACCGUAAUGUCGGAGUGUCGUAGUGUUUUUUUUUGUAAAUUUUGAUCCCCGCAAAAAAAAACGAAAAAAUAGAUUUCCGGUAAAGUGCCGGCCCGGCCGGCCCGGUUCAAAAGGCGGGAAUUCAAAUUUUCGCGGAAAUUUUUUUUUUCGUUAUCACAAAAAAAAAUUUCGAACUAAAGUUUUUGCGUUUUUUUGUUUUUGUUUUUAUUCACUCAGAUCUCACUUGUGAGUUUUUUCAAAAAGUUGUUCUUUUUAUUAAAAUGUUGUAAAACUACGACACUCCGAUAUUACGGGCGCGCGCGCUCUUUAGCCGUUAUAUUUCUAAUUUUCGGUUGACAAAAGAAGUUUUUCGUAGAACUAACGAAUUUUGCAAGUAUCUCGAGCAUCAAAAAGAAAUGUAGUUCUCAAAAAUAAAAACUUUUUAUUGGCAUCAAAGCAAAAGUCAAUGUUUUAUACACGCCGCAAUCCGAAAGUUGGCAAAAAAAUGGCUAGUAAUGUCGAAGUUUCGUAGUUUUUUUUUUCGAUCCCCGCAAAAAAAAACGAAAAAAUUUGAAUUCGCGCCUUGGCAAGUCUGGUAAUUACAGUAGGAUCUCCAAGUUCGCCACGUGGCUACAUCGUUCAUAAAUAAAACUUUUUUUCAAUCGCAAGAGCUCAGAAUAACACAUGUCCACUCAGAAUUCAGAAUCAAAAAUGCGUAGUCGAAUAAAUAAAAAACGUGGAAAAUUCAGGCCCCGGCUCAACGAGCGAAUUUGCAGCUGUCUCUGUCGCAUUUAAUUCCAGUUGCCUCCAGGUUUUUCCGAGUAUUUUCUCGAGUGAUUCACACACACACAAUCCAGAAACUCGAUGUCGUCGGCGCCGUGUCCCGGCAAAAUUCCAGACUACUAUCCGACGACGCUACACGUCAUCGCCACCGUAUCCGUGCCCGUCAACAUGCUCGGCCUCUAUUUGGUCAUGCGAAAAUCGCCCGGAAUGCACGGAUAUAAAUAUUGUCUUGUUUAUAUGCAGGUUUACUGAACUUUUCCACAUUUUUAGCGAGUAAACUUUAAACGAGUACUGUAGCGGCCUGUUUCAAGUGUCCUAUGGUUCUGGAAUUUGUUUUUAUGAAAUCUUGACAUCUUUGACUAUGCUUUUGUAGUUGACAACUUUUUUGUACGACCACUCCUUGGGGUACUGUAGCUGUUGGAAGUUGGCGCUGAAAUGAAGAUGCUUGAAUCGGGUCCCAACUUCCAAGCGCUACAGUACCCCGGGGAGUGGUCGUACAAAAAAGUGGUCAACUACAAAAAUAUUGUACUAGACAUGAACUUCAUUUUUGUAGUUGAUCAUUUUUGUCUACAACCAUUUCCCGGGGUACUGUAGCUCUUUGAAGUUGAAGGUGUCAAGAUUUCAUUCAAAAAAUCGCAUAAUAUUACAGAUGGCGACGUUUUUGACUGAAAUCCACAUGUCGUGGAUCUGUCCCGGAUACUAUUUUUUUCCGAUGGUCGGCGGCUACAACACGGGCGAAUUCUUCGGCCAAUUCAUCACUUCGCACCACUCCAUGAGCAUCUGGAUCUUUGUUUUCUGCUUCGAGCUCGCCGCCGGUCUUUGCUGUUUUGUCUACCGACACAAUGCAGCUGUUCAAAUCAAUCAGGUAUCACAGAACCCCAAAAACCACCCACCGGCCCCCAACUUUUUGCAGAACAACAAUAGCAGUAUGUACGUUGAAAAAACGUUGCUCGUUCUCACCCACAUUUUUCCGUUUCUCACCGCCUUUUGCCACUUCAACUCCAAUCUGAGCUACCAGCAAAAGUAUGCGUUUGUGAAGAGUGUACGUUUCUUUUUUUUUGAAACGUUUUUAAAUCCGCCCUUUUUUUCCCGUUCCAGAACUUUCCGCAAUGUCUCGAAUGGAUCAAAUUCGACGGUUUCGAAGUGUACGAUCAGAAACUGAAUCCCUGGCUGACGGCCACCGCACUCGGCGCGUUUGCAUGGGUUUUUGUGAUCGCGUGGUGAGCGAAACUGUGUGUUUGAACUAUUUUUUGGAAUUUACUAGUUGAUUUCCGUCUUUUUAAGCCUACACGUGUACGGCGCGGCUUUUGCGACGUUCACCAAACGUUUCAUCCUCAGUCUGUGCAUUUUGGCACGCCGGUGUUGCUCUGCGUACAGUGCAUUUUAUGUUACGCGCAAAGUUCUUUUUUUUAAUAGUUUUUAAUGAAUUUUCUCCAAAUAUUCAUCUCUUUAAAGCGUUUUCUCUACUUUCUACCUCAAUUAGACCUUUUUACAGAUUCCAGGUGAAGUAAUACGCGAAGAGAAGUCGAUGCGAUGAAAAGAAACGCGUAAGUAAGUGAAAGUAAGGUUUUAUUCAGAAAAUGCACGAUUUCUCGAAAAACGCGACUAGAUUUUCUAAUUUUUUUGUUUAAAUAGUUUACUUACAUGACUACUUUUUUUUGGUUCGAAAACAUUCACAGAGUGCCAGUUCGUAGAAGCAAAAAAAAAAUUUUUUCAACGAAAUUUCACUGUCUUCCGGCAAACUAUCGGUUUUUCCGAAACGCUUUAAAGAAAAAACGCUUUAAAGAGAUGAAUAUUUGGAGAAAAUUCAUCAACAACUAAAAAAAUGAACUUUGCGCGUAACAUAAAAUGCACUGUACGCAGAGCUACACCGACGCGCAAAAAUGCAUACCAUUUGGCUGCGCAUGUUGCGAAAGCCGCGCCGUGUACCGUAUCUCGAAAACCCGAAUAGCUACGACAAAAAGUGAAGAGAAUGAAAUUUCCAAGCCCAAACUGAUUUUCUGUCAGGUACUGUUUGGGUCUGGGCGUGCACACAAUGAUAAUUCUGCAACGGCUGCGGCAUCACAUGUCGCCGGCCACGUAUCAAAUGCACAAGACCGCCCUGAUCAGUCUGGUGAUGCAAUUGGUGAUCCCGGCCGUGUUCAUCAUCGUUCCGAUGGACGUUUGCAUGUACGUCGUGCUCACCAAUUCGGUCGAUUUACAAGGUUCUCGCGCGAUGAACGAGCCGCUGCACAAAUACUUGGGAAUAUUGUCAAUGUCUUCAGAAUUGGCCACCGACACCAUGUUCCUCGUGAGUUCGCACUCAAUGUCCCAGUGUUUUGUGAUGAUCGUCAGCAAUCCCACUUAUCGAAGAAUUAUCAAAGAAGAGGUGCAGCGUGUUUUCAGGUACUGUAAUUAUAUUAAUAUUAUCGUUUUCUAUUUUGUACUUUCUAUAGCUUUCUAUUCAAAAAUUAAAAGUUCAGAAUCGAUUUUCUGACGCGACAAACGUUCGUAAGUUCGGUGGAAGCGAGUCAGCGCACCGGUAGCAUGGCUACCGCUUUUCAUUGA